UCAGCAAUACAAUUGCUACAAGACAACAAGUGGGUGUAAUAAAGUCCGGAGAAAUGAGUAAUAAUGAUACUCUGCCUCUUUUGUUCUCCUCCUCCAGCUGAGCCAUGGGACAGUUCUUGAAUGACAGCACCACCUCUGGGUUCCUUCUCCUGGCCAUCAGCAUCCAUCCAGAGCUCCAGUACCUCCUCACCGUGUUCUUCCUCUCCGCCUAUAUGAUGACCCUCCUAGGAAACCUCCUCAUUGUCCUGCUAAUCCACUUGGACCCAAAUCUCCUCCAUGCCCCCAUGUACUUCUUCCUCAAACACCUUUUGCUAGCUGAUGUUGGCUACACAUCUGCCAUAGUUCCCAAGAUGUUGCAGACCUUGCUCUCCAAGUCAAUGGCCAUCUCGUACGGUGGCUGUUUUGCUCAGAUGUACUUCUUCAUAGCCUUUGCCAACACAGAUAGUUUCCUGUUGGCAUCCAUGGCUUAUGACCGCUAUGUGGCCAUUUGCUACCCUUUGCACUAUGCAACCGUGAUGAGCCACAAGAGAUGCCUCCUGAUGGCAGUCAUUUCAUGGGCUGUCUCUCUCAUCCUGUCCCUGAUGUACACUGUGUUGGCAUCCCAGCUCUCCUUCUGUGUCACCAAGCAAGUCCCCCAUUUCUUCUGUGACAUCCAGCCUCUCAUGAGAAUCUCCUGCUCUGACACAAAGCCCCUCCAGACUCUACUGAUGACUCAAGGUCUGGUAGAUGUCUCCACCCCAUUUCUGUUAAUUGUGGUCUCUUAUGCUUGCAUUUUCUAUGUGGUGAUGAAGGUCCCCUCAACAGCUAGGAAGCUAAAGGCUCUCUCUACAUGUGGCUCCCACCUAACUGUGGUAUUCUUGUUCUACAGCACCCUCAUUUGGGUCUACUUCCAGCCGCCCUCCAAGAAAGCGGGCAGGAAGGACACUGUGGCUGCCAUCCUGUACACUGUAGUCACCCCACUGUUGAAUCCGUUCAUCUAUGCUCUCAGGAAUGAUGAGAUUAAAGGAGCAUUGAGAAGAGUCCUUAGGAGAAGGAAGCACUAG